UAUGCUCGAGUCAGGAUGAGCCAAAUCUUCGUUUCUCGCCUUUUUGCUGUGCCCAGACUCAUUCUGGACCGCUGAAGUUACUGGUAGCUACGAUUGCAGGUAUAAGGAACAAAGUUAAUGGAUGGUGAAGUCGCAAAUGUAGCUGCGGAAGCAGCUAGGGCCGCAUUUGAAAUGUCUGUGUCAGCCAGUGCAUCAGGCUUUUCUGUCUCCUUGAAAAUUGACAACCCUCUUCUGGCAGGAGUUGCGCUGGCCGGUGCCCUGUCGUUAGGUGCAUUUUAUCUGUCUCGCAGGUAUUCUGUAGAAAAUGCCAUAAGGAAUGCUUUGGAAGAAAGGAAUGACAAUGGAGCUGAUCCCGAAGUAAGAAAUAUCGAAGACGGUUCAAUUGUGGUGGAACUUUAUUGUCAUACAGAUCACAGUUUAUUACAGUUCGUGGAUGACUUUGAAAGAGAGAAGGUGAAGCAAAGACUGGAAAAAGAGUUAACUAAAGUUGGAUAUAGCAGGGAAUUAGAUGUGACCAUCAGAAAUGCUAGAGAGGUGUACAAGAAAGUACACGAAAUGAGGCUUUCGCUUUCACGCGAAGGUACCCACGCUGCGGAAGAAAGGGAAACACAGCUGCAGAAAAUCAAACUUGGUUACAGAAGGGAUGAGAUAAAACUCAGAAUCUUCACUCAAAAUCUUGAUGCUGAAGAACAGGGCAGGCCCAGUCACCACUUUGCUGCAGACUUAAAUACUUUCAUGAAACGAAACACAUUUUCUCCGUCUAUUGGACUAAAUGUUUUCCUGAAGCAUGUAAAAGAUGUUUAUAAACUCAGCACAAAAUCAUUAGGAGAGCCUUGA